GCAGGAUGACUUAGAUGAUUGUUAGGACGAAGGGAGGAUUUUGAGGCUGUUUGUACUGGUAGCCGAAGGUUUACGGGACGUUAGGGCUUACAAAUUAAGGACGUAUUUGUGUGUUUGGAGGAGCGCGGCGCUGACGGGGGAAGCGGGCUCGCUCCCUCCCUCAGCUGCGGGCCCUCGCCUCACCUGUUGGCUUUGAAGAUUAUGGACCAGACUGUGAUAGCAUGAGGAUAACGGCAUUCUUGGAUAUUCCUGGACAAGAUAAUUUAACUCCGCUGGCUCGUCUAGAAAAAUAUGCCUUCAGUGAUAACAUAUUUAACAGGCAAAUUAUUGCCAGAGGUCUUUUGGAUGUCUUUCGAGAUUUCAGUAAUAAUGAAGAAGACUUCCUGACUGUAAUGGAAAUAGUGGUCAGGCUCUCUGAAGAUGCAGAACCAACUGUUCGUACAGAGCUGAUGGAACAAAUACCUCCUAUUGCCAUUUUUCUGCAAGAAAAUCAACCAAAAUUCCCAACGGCAUUUUUUGAGUACCUUAUGCCCAUAGUAGUGAGAUACCUCACGGAUGUUAACAAUCAGGUUAGAAAGGCAGGUCAAGAAGCACUGCUUAUACUGCUAGAACAAGAUCUUGUUGCUCAGAGCGACAUUGAAAAUAAGGUGUGUCCAAUUCUGUUGGACCUCUCUGCUCCUGACAGUGAUGAUGAGUACAAGGUGGAAGCUGUGAAUAUAAUCUGUAAAAUGGCUUCUAUGUUGAACAGAACAACAGUGGAGCGCAUGCUGCUUCCUCGUUUCUGUGAACUGUGCAGUGAUGGGAAGUUGUUUCAAGUCCGAAAGAUUUGUGCAGCUAAUUUUGGUGACAUUUGUAAUGCCGUUGGGCAAGAAGCCACAGAAAGACUGCUGAUUCCCAAGUUCUUUGAACUCUGUUCUGAUAGUGUUUGGGGAAUGAGAAAAGCUUGUGCCGAGUGCUUUAUGGCAGUGUCUUACACCACGUCCCCAGAGGUUCGCAGAAGCAAACUAUCCCCGCUGUUCAUCAGUCUUAUUAGUGACACUUGCAGAUGGGUUCGUCAGGCUGCUUUUCAGUCUCUUGGCCCCUUUAUUUCGACCUUUGCAAACCCUUCAAGUGCUGGUCUUUACAUUCGAGAAGAUGGGACACUGAGUAUCCGACCACCAAUGCAUGAUGUGAAUUCCAGUUCCUGCCGGCCAAGCAACAAUAUAACUUUAAUGUCCUCCAGUACAAAUGCUAUAUUGUCCAGUUCAGAACAACCAAUGGAAAUCAGACCAGAAUCAUCAACUGAGGAGACUUCAGCUGAAGUUAAUACAAAGCUCUCAAUUGAGAACCUAAAUAAAGAUACGCAGGAAGAAGGUUCAGAUUAUCGUACCCAUUGUGGAGAUGAUGUGUCUCGAUUGUCUCAGGGUGAUAAAGUUGCUGCUGGUGUCACAGAAGUCACUAAGAACAGCAGUUUUCCUGGAACGAACUCAAGGCUACAGUCUGCUGAGGACGUAUUUAAUACUUUUCUGUACUGGCGCCCUCCUCUGCCUGAUAUAAGUCAGGAUCUGGAGUCACUUCAGUUCAAGACUGAAAAGCACAAAGAUAGCUGCUCUGUGCCAUGUAAUAACUGUGUUGCUAGUAGUGAAAUAAAGAAAGUUCUAGAAAGCUUACAGGAGCACAUAGAUGAUCCAGAUGUUCAAGCUCAGGUCCAGGUGUUGUCCGCUGCUCUCAGAGCUGCGCAGUUUGAUUCCGUCGGUGACUAUGAGACCAAAAAAAUGGAAGAAAGCAGUGGCAAACUUCAGAACAAAACUAUUUCGGAUGAAACAGCUGGUUUAGAUGCUACCUGCAGCCAGGUGGAGAAAGGUGAUCUUUCAUGCCCUGCCUCCCAGGAUAAUGUGAGCGAGCAGUCUACCACCAGUCCACUGAAAAGCUCGGACUCAGAGGAACAACACAGAGGAACCAGUGUAUUUUUAAAGAGCGAGCAAGAAAAUAAUCCACCAUUUGAAGAUGACAAGUCAAAAUUACAGGAUAUCAUACCUCAACCCUUAUUAGACCAGUACUUGUCAAUGACUGACCCGGCUCGAGCACAGACUGUUGAUACUGAAAUAGCCAAGCACUGUGCGUAUAGUCUUCCUGGGGUGGCCUUAACACUGGGCAGGCAGAACUGGCACUGCCUGAAAGAUACGUACGAGACGCUGGCCUCAGAUGUACAGUGGAAGGUGCGUCGGACACUGGCUUUCUCCAUACAUGAGCUAGCAGUUAUUCUGGGGGAUCAGCUAACAGCCGCUGAUCUGGUGCCAAUUUUCAAUGGUUUCCUGAAAGAUCUGGAUGAAGUGCGUAUUGGUGUCCUUAAACAUCUGUAUGACUUCCUAAAGCUACUUCAUGCAGACAAAAGGCGGGAGUACCUUUACCAACUUCAAGAAUUUGUGGUGACUGAUAACAGCAGGAACUGGAGGUUUCGUUACGAGCUGGCAGAGCAGCUGAUCCUGAUACUGGAACUCUACAAUCCCAAUGAUGUCUAUGACUACUUAAGACAUAUUGCACUAACUCUCUGCUCCGAUAAAGUUUCAGAAGUUCGGUGGAUCUCCUUCAAACUGGUUGUAGCAAUACUACAGAAGUUCUACGCAAACAAUGCAAAUGCACUGGGAUUAAAUUUCAUCAAUGAACUUGUAGUGCGGUUUCGCCACUGCUCCAAGUGGGUUGGAAGACAAGCUUUUGCCUUCAUCUGCCAGGCUGUAGUAGAAGAAGAAUGUAUGCCUGUCGACCAAUUUGUUGAACACUUGCUCCCCAGCCUUUUAAGUCUUGCUUCAGAUCCUGUGCCAAACGUGAGGGUUCUGCUCGCCAAGGCUCUAAGGCAGACCUUACUGGAGAAAGCUUAUUUUAAAAACGUUGGCAAUCCUCAUCUAGAAGCUGCAGAAGAGACCAUUCUAGCCCUGCAGUCUGACAGAGAUCAAGAUGUGUCCUUCUUUGCCACCAUAAAACUAAAACAGGGUAACAUGGACAAUACUACCAUCGAAAAACAGAACUAAUGCGUUCUUCUGCGGUGAACGCUGAACAUUGAAAAGGUUAUUCACCUUAUGGUCAUGGUUAGUAUGAAUAAUGUGGGCAAAUAAGGUUUUUUGUUACCUGCUUGAGCUGGAAAGGGUCUACUGAGAGAUGUUACGGUGUUCAUUUCAUGACCACCCUUCAUCUACAGCUGUGUGUUUGUCUGAUAUGCAUGAGUAAUUCCUUUUGGUUUUUUCUUUGCAAACGUGGGUGAUAACUCUGAUCUCGCCUGCAGUUACGAAUUGUAUGUAAAGUCUUACGCCAUCCGCAGUAUUUCAGUGUAACUGGAAUUCAUAUUUCACUUUCUAACAAAACAUUUCCAGUGGUAGAGCAGUCUGCCGUAGCUUAAAAUAGUUUCUAAAUCUUAAAACCUGAUUAGAGCAAACUUACAUGAAGAUAUUCUUUCCUCAUUUUUCUUGUGGUUUUUUUAUUUUUUCAAGUAUUGCUUUUUAACGGAAAAAAAGUGUAGAUAUGUAAAUAGUUUUGAAUUUAACAAAAAACAAUGAAGAACUUAAUUCUGUAUCAGUGGAAGAAAGCUCAAAAAUCAUUUCAUUUUAUAAAGAAGUUACUCUGCUAGAAUUAAGGCAUGGUUCAUUUUUAUUUGAUAUAACAUGAUAUUUUUCAAAGUACAGAGAGCUCAAGAUUCUUUGUAUAUUGUGACUUUCCUAUUAAUUUGUUAUUUCUGAGCUAUACCCUUACAGGUGUUAAGGUGUCUGUUUUCAUUACUGCUGGCUCUGGAAGUGGUAGGUAGACUUUAAUUUCCCAAACUGAAAAUUACUCGUUCUUCCCUAGCAGAGUUCACUGCAUUUACAGGGUUCAGCUCCUGCAACAUGUGCUCUGUCUGUGAAAAGGUAUUACAGAAUUUUACAGGCUUAAGGUUUUGUUUGUUUUAUAUACACACCUCAUUUUAAAAACACCUUUUAACUGGUCCAACAUUCAAAUCCCAUACAGCCCGCUACUUUGUUCCUAAACAACAAAGGACUCUAAAUUCUGAAAAACCCCAAAUACUGUUGCUUGGUUUUAUGUUUGGGGGAAAGGUGGUGACGCGGUUUGCUCUCUAACUUCUGUUGGUUGGGAAAGGUUGGGGCAAACAACAAACGGAGGUUACCGAGAUCCUUAAGCUUAAGUAGGAUGUCUAAUGUGUAUUUAAACAGGUGUUUUGGAAGAAAGAAAAAUACACAGAUAGACUGCGGUUCUGUUAAUAAAACUGGAUAGCUUCUGAUCAGUUUGAAAAAUUAUAAAUCUAAUAUUUUUUUGGUGGAUCCUGUCUUCUGUUGUGUCCCAAAUCUGCAGGUAAUGUGGGGCCUGGAAAAGAGAUGGUGUUACUUUUUUAGACUGUGGGUUAGAACUCUGUUCAGAAAUGAAUGCUUAAAUACUAAAGAAAUGGUUUCAUGUAAUAACAGUUAUUUUCUCUCUGUGAACACAAUACUGUAUGAUAAAUGGACCUGUGUAAAUAUUUCCCUUUAUUUCACUAUUAUACUAGUAAGUAGAUCACAGGGGUGAAGGUUUUUACAGAAAUUACUUUUUUUUUUUUCCCUUUUUCCCUUCAUUUUAAAUCUGGCUUGAUUGCAACACAGCAAGUAGGUUCCUCAGCUGGGUUCUGUGGUUUUUUGGAGGGCUCAGUUUUGUAUAAGUUUGUUUAACUAGUCUUGUAUUAUAAUAUGUACAGUAUUUGUAACAGAUUGUUUUCUUGUGAGAUCACAAAAUGCUUUUUGCAGGCAGAAAUAUACCACUGCUAUCACUGCUAUUACAGCAAACAGUAUAAACUCUGUAGUGUCCUAUGUCAAUUUUUUUACAAUUUUUUUAUAAUUUAAAACAAAUGAUUCUUCAGUACAGACUUUUUAUAAUUGCAAUUUCUUAACAAGAUGACCUCCCAAGUUAAUUUUUUCUAGUUCUAGUAUCUUUUUCUAAUGCUGGCGUUAUACUGGUAUUUUCUAACGGUUCAAAUUUUCUAAGGCCUCUGACAAGGUUUUACUUCUGUUUUUAUUAUCAGUUCAUUAAAUUUCUCAGCACUGAGCAAAUUUUUUUAAGUGUGUUUAUAUGUAAGUAUGUUUGAAAUGUACUUUAUAUAAAUUAAAUACUUUGAACAUUAACCCAAACCAGGUUUCCGUCUGUCAGAUAAUCUUAAAUAGUUACCUUUACUUGCAGUAAUCCACUGGAAAAUACAAGCUUCUCUAUGUUUUAGUGUGUUUGGUUAGUGUUCACUGAGAGUUUUUGUUUAGGGUGUGUGUAAACAGGAAGCCACCAGCUACAAAAGUUCACUGAAAGGCUAAAUGAAGUUCUUUGGUACCUCUCUGGCUCCGGAAAUCAUGUCUGUUUUAAAUGAUAUGAUUUCAUUAGAGCAUUUAAAAUGCUUUCUUAGAACUCUACAGUUGCAUGCACUAAUAGGGGACGUCACAGUUUUUGGGGUGGCUUUUUUUGUAGGCAAUGUGCAGGUCUAUUAAACAGAUUUACCCUCUGCAAGGUUUGUCUUUUUGUUUUAGCUUUAAACUAGAAAUUAUUUCAGCAUGACUAAAGACCGCACUUUACGUCUUGUACUAGACAGAUGUAUGCAAUGAUGAGUAGAGCGGAGUGUUCACGUACAGUUCUCUGGGUUGUUUAAAUUAUGCAAAAAAUAUGUUUUUUUAAAAGCCAGCCAGAGCCAAGUUAGGUAGGUGAUCCACUUUCACAACAGCGGUAAGGAUAUCACUUUUAAACAUUUCUGGCUAAGGAACAUGAAAAUAACGUUAGUGGGUGCAAUAUAGCUUGGAUGCUGCUGGAGAUCAUCAAGCACUUGUAAUCCAAAGCAUGUUAGUUGUGUUGCUUAGAACUCGGGCACGCUGGUAUCGCGCGUGAUCCGCACUUGGCGCCGCUCAGAGGCCGCCCGCGGGGCGGUUCUGUCUGUGCAGGGUGUUGUGCGGAGCCCGGUUAAGUGGGGACACUCUGGAAGUGUCAUUCCUUUGUUGGAAUAGAGAAUCUAUGUAACUUUGUAUUUAUCUCAAUAAAUCCUGUGACUGUUUUAUAAACAAA